AUGUCUGAGGAUGCCAUAAACCAUAUUGUAUGUGUCGGUGCCGUUUACAUCGAUACCAUCCUAACGUACGUACUUGCUCCUUGCGGCCUCGCCGAGAACAAAGCGCCCACUAACCGUCAAACAUCCAGUGUUCCCCAUUUCCCCAUAGAAGAUGAAAAGCUACGCGCCAAAUCCAUAACACGAAGAAGAGGCGGAAACACGGCAAACAGCUUAGAAGUGUUAUUGCAACUACAACAACAUGAUCCCGAGACAGCGCGAAAACCUCAAUCUACGGACUUGCAUCUGCUCGCCGUACUUCCUGACGAGAACUCUGCUGCGUCGAAAUUUAUCUGCGAAUCACUGCCUCAAGUGAAAAUAUCAGAUGUGAGUCUGUUUCGCAAACAGCAUCAGGAAGCGGCAUCUAGCUAUAUUAUCCAAAGUGAGGAGAAUCAGUCGCGCACGAUUGUCAGUAUCAACCAGCUACCUGAAAUGCAAUGCAACGAGUUUAUGCAUCGGGUUGUUGACUUCACUACUUGUGGUGGCAUGGCGCCCCAUUGGAAGAGAGCGUGGUUCCAUUUCGAAGGCCGUGUUCCAGAAAUCACGCUCCGGUGCGUCGGCUGGCUGCGCGGGAUGUUCCCACACUCACACUUCAAGAUCAGUGUGGAGUGCGAGAAGCCUGAGCGUACGGGUAUGGCUGAGGUCGCGCAGUAUGCGGAUGUGGUGUUUUAUUCGAAACUCUGGGCCGAGAAGAAUGGGUAUAAAGAUGCGAGGAGUUUUCUCGAAGAUAGGAGGAAUGAGACGAGAGAUGGUGCAAUUUUAUGUUGUACAUGGGGAUCUGGAGGCGCGGCUGCGGUUCAUAAGGGAGAUAAUGAGGUUUGGGCGCAUGUUAAGGCGUGGCAGGCUGAGAAAGAUGAGCAAGCAAAGGUUGUGGAUACUAUUGGUGCUGGAGAUACUUUCAUCGCUGGUAUGCUGUUUGCGAUUAAUGAGCAUGGAGAGUGGUCGUUGCAGCGGAAACUCGAGUUUGCGAAUGAGCUGGCUGGGAGGAAGGUUUUGCAGGAGGGAUUUAGUGGCCUAGGGAAGAAAAUGUGGUAA